UGGUGGUGCUGGAGGUGGUGCUGGAGGUGGUGGAGGUGGGGAGGCAGUGGGCGAGGUGGUGGGAGUGGAGGAGACCGCCGUGAUGAUGGAGGCGGCGAUGUGCGGAACGGUGGUCUUGGAGUGGAACCCGCCUGGCGAAGGUGGCGGUGAUGGUGACGGUGGCGAUGGCGGCAAUGGCGAUGGCGAUGGCGGCGAUGGCGGCGGUGAUCGUGGGCAGGCACGAGAGGCCACGAUCGAGAGUGGUGGUGGUGAACACGUCCUCUACACCGCCACGCUCGCCGUCACCGCGGCGACCGCCGUCACCGCGGCGACCGCCGUCACCGCGGCGACCGCCGGCGCUCCGGACCAACCGGCGGAGGCGGAGUUCGAGGCGCUGAUCUCCGCGGCACGGACGGCCCACGGCGGAGGAGGAGGAGGAGGGGCGUCUGCGGGGGGGGCCCACGGCGGAGGGGCCCACGGCGGAGGGGCCCACGGCGGAGGGGCCCACGGCGGAGCGGGAGGGUCGGCGGAGCCGGAGUUUGACGCGACGAUCGUGCGAGUGAGGAGGCCCAGGGGCAGCGCGGAGGCCGCUGGGCAGCCGGCCCUUGCUGCUCCCUCGGUGGCAGUCGGAAUGACGGGCGAUGCGGAUCGCGACGCCAGCGUGGUGAGGCUGAGCCACUCCACGCCGGUGCCGGGCGCCGGCUUCCUGCCGGAACUCGUACUGGCCACAAACUACUCGCACGCCGCGGCGGCGGCGGUGCCGGCACCGGACGGAGCGACCCACGGUGACCGCCAGCGCGACGACGACGACAACGAGGUGACGGUGGCUGUGGGCGACGAGGCGGAGGAGGGGCAGCAGCAGCAGCAGCAGCGGAAGGAGGAGGAGGAGCAGCAGGAGGCGGCGGAGGAGCUAGAGGCGGAGGAGCUAGAGGAGGAGGAGCGCUUCCCGGCAGCGUUGGCCACGGACUCGGCGGCCCUGCAGCCGCACAGCGAUGGCGGAGAGCACCGCCAGGCGCAGCGAGCAAUGGCGGGGAGCGGCACGCAGGAGGCCCCAGCCCCUCCCCCCGGCUCCAAGUGCUUCUGCUGCUGCGGCCCGGCUUGCCCCCCCGGCCUUCCUGAGCUGCUGUCCCACGUCCGCGGCCGCCACCGGCGGUGCCAGCAGCAGCAGCAGCAGCAGCAGCGGCGGCAGCAGCGGCAGCGGCAGCGGCAGGAGCGGCCCCCGGGCCACGACCUGGCGGCCUUCAUCCGAGAGGACGCCGAGGUCAUCGCGGCCGAGCGGUUGCAGGUCGCCGGCGGAGGAGGCGGCGGAGGAGGCGGCGGAGGAGGCGGCUCCAAGCCGUUCCAGUGCAAGAUCUGCGGCUUUGCCAGCGCCCAGAUGGGCGACGCCCGCAACCACAUCAAGCGUCACCUGGGCCUCAAGGAGCACAGCUGUAACCUGUGUGGGUGGAGCUUCGUGAUGAAGAAGCAUCUGAACGCCCACAUGGCCGGCAAGCACGGAGUGGGCGUGCGCAAGGAGAGGAAGUUUCACUGCCACAUCUGCAACCGGCGCUUUGUGGAGAAGUGGGUCCUCAGCAACCACCUGAAGCUCCACUUGGGGUUCAAGCCCUUCACCUGCACGUGGCCUGGCUGCCACUACGCCUACCCCACACAGUCCGCCAUGCGGGACCACUACCGUACCCACACAGGUACCCGCACUGUGACCUACACAGGUACCCGCAUUGUGACCUACACAGGUACCCGCAUUGUGACCUACACAGGUACCCGCACUGUGACCUACACAGGUACCCGCACUGUGACCUACACAGGUACCCGCACUGUGACCUACACAGGUACCCGCAUUGUGACCCGCACUGUGACCUACACAGGUACCCGCAUUGUGACCCACACUGUGACCCACACUGUGACCUACACAGGUACCCACAUUGUGACCAACACUGUGACCUACACAGGAGAGAAGAAGUUUCUGUGCGAUCUGUGCGGCUUCGCUGGUGGAACCAAACACGCGCUGACGAAGCACCGACGGCAACACACGGGAGACAAGCCGUUCCGGUGUGAGCUCUGUGCGUUUGCCUCAACCACGCAGUCCCACCUCACCAGGCAUCGCCGAGUUCACACCGGGGAGAAGCCCUUCCGCUGCCCCUGGUGCGACUACCGCUCCAACUGCGCGGAGAACAUCCGUAAGCACAUCCUGAGCACGGGCAAGCACGAGGGCGUGCGCAUGUACAACUGCCCACGCUGCGCCUUCGGCACCAACCAGCCCAACGAGUUCCGCAACCACCUGAAGGAGGCGCACGGUGACCUGGAGAAUCCUGACCUCGCCUACCUGCACGCCGGUAGGCUUUCCACGCCGCCACGAGGCGGCGGCUGA